AAUCUUCCUUAUGAUGCAUCUUCGACCACAUGGAGAAGAUAACUUUACCAUUUUUCUUCUAUUUGUUACUGUCAAAAUCGAUCUCCGGCGCCGAUGACUGCCGUCCAGCCUCCUGCAGCUCCACCGGACCUCAGGUGCGUUUUCCUUUUCGUAUCCGAGGACGACAACCAUCCCGCUGCGGAUUCCCUGGUUUCGAUAUCUCAUGUAACAAAAGAAAUCGAACAAUCCUCCACCUUACGUCCUCUCGAUCAUACAUCGUCAACAAAAUCUCCUAUACUGCACAGAUUAUCUACAUUGAUCCUGAGUUCUGCCGGCCGAAACGGAUCCGCGAUUUCAGUUUAACCGGCACACCUUUCGAUUUCAGCAGCGUGCGAAGCUAUACGUUUUACAACUGUUCCUUGCAGAAGUUGGAUUACAUGUUUCCGACCGUUCUGUUACCGUGCCUUGGCAGCGUUAAUUUUUCGGUGAUCGCUGUGCGGACUGGAUUGGUAGGGGAAACGCCGGAGAAUUGCAAGGAUAUGGCGAUGAUUUCAGUGCCCAUUCGGUGGUACGGAGACGUUAGGGAGGAAUUGGAGUUGAUGUGGUUUACACCGUUUUGUAGAUCUUGUGAGACUGAAGGUAGAAUGUGUGGGCAGAAGUCAGAUGGGGAAACUACUUGCCUUGGUUCUUCCCAUGGGGUUCAAAGGAGUGCUAGGUAUGGUUUGAGCAUAGGCAUUGGUGUAUCGAUGUUAAUAUGCAUAAUUGGAAUCGUAUGCUACACUGCGACCAAAGCAAGGGACUUUAAUCGAAGUCGACACCAAAACAUUGAUAUAUUCUCUAUCACAAUCUCUCCACGACCAUGUUCCUCUGGAGGCUUAGAUUUGCCCACAAUCGAGUCUUACACAAAGACGGUGCUUGGAGAAAGCCGUAGACUGCCCAAGGAUGAUGACACGUGUCCGAUAUGUCUUUCUGACUAUGAACCAAGAGAUACAUUAAGGACAAUCCUUGAAUGUAAUCAUUACUUUCAUGUUGACUGUAUAGACGAGUGGCUUAGGUUGAACUCAACUUGUCCAAUUUGUAGAAAUUCACCUAGAAAGUUCGUCUUUGGUUAUACCUUAUCUUCAAGUCCAGAUUUUUGGAUUCUACAUAGACCAUUCCAUUACACUCUUAGGGGUGUUUGGUUCAUUGGAUUCCGAUGGAUUUUGAUGGAAUUGGAAUGGUCAAUUCCGUUGACCAAAUUUCAUUAUGACGUUUGGUUACUUACUAAUGGAAUGAAAUUGAAUUCCAAACAAUUCCUUCAUAUAUUCACAAGUUUGCUCUCUUUUUCUUUGAUUGAAAGCACAUCGAUCUGCAACUAA